GACUGCAGCACAUGCAUGGGGAGGGAGAGGGUGAGAGAGAAAGGAGAAGAGAAAUCCCCGUAAUUAUAUAAAGAACGCAGUUGGAGGGACUAAAAAGAGCGUCACAUUUGGCAGCGAUGUGAAAACGUGAUUGGUGUGUGUGGGGGUGUGUGCAUCAGGGGAGGGAUACUCGUCUGCUUUGACAGCUCUCCAGCCGACAAUGCAAUGGCGUGAUCGCUUGCUGAACAUCGCUUUUCAUCCACUUGUGGCACAUCUAGUCAUCGCAUCCCUCGAACUGUUGAGGAUUUUAUAGCUUCAAUAGGCGAAGUGGUUUUUUUUUUCUUUUCACAUUACAGUUUACCGUUAUGUCCAUGCAGUUUUUGUUUUAUGGACCGCGAUUCGCGCACAUACAUUUUUACAACUUUUUUCAAACGGUAUCGAUAUGGAAUAGGUUCUUGUUUGUUGAUAUGCCAAGACAACUAAUAUUUGCAUAAGUAAAUACAUCUAGACAAGCGCACGAUCGCAAGAAUGGACAGCAGUCCAGGGGGCGUCAUUCUCUAUGUUGGCGGCAGUGGUAGUCCCAGCCCCGGAAGCCCGUCCAGCGGCUACCAGACGCAGUCACCCUGCCCCCACUCGCAGCCCUCCUCCCCGGAAGAAAUGACCUUCACCGAGAUCGGUGCUCUUAAGUUGGCACAUGACGGGGAGGGCUCUCCAUCUCCGAAACUGGUCUUCCAGUACCCUGAAGUGACAAGUGCUGCUGCCCCCAGCCCUGUUCCGCCCAUCAGCACUUACCCCACCCCUGGGAAGAGGUCCUGUGGCUUCCCUGGUGCUUUCAGCAAGACAGGAGGCAUGGUGCUCUUAUGUAAGGUCUGCGGGGACAUUGCUUCUGGCUUCCAUUAUGGGGUUCAUGCCUGUGAGGGCUGCAAGGGUUUCUUCCGCCGCAGCAUCCAGCAGAACAUCCACUACAAGAUAUGUGCGAAGAACGAGAACUGCACGGUCAUGCGCAUGAACCGCAACCGUUGCCAGCACUGCCGCUUCAAGAAGUGCCUGUCUGUGGGCAUGUCCAGAGAUGCUGUGCGCUUUGGCCGCAUCCCAAAGCGUGAGAAGCAGCGGUUGUUGGAUGAAAUGCAGAGCUACAUGAACAGCUCCAACCAGUCAUCACCCUCUAUGGACAUCGGCUCCUCCCCCUCACGAGAAGCCCCACCCAGCCCAGGAGACAGCCAAUCAGAGGAGGCCAUAGGGGCCAUUUCCCGUGCUUAUCGAGACAUCUUUGUGAACAACCAGGAUAGACUGGCUCAGCCUCGCUACCUUCAGAGCCCCAGCUGCAUACAACCUGCUACCCAUGGCCUCCUACUGCAGGGAUCCCCCCCCUUUCAGCGUGAGCAAUACCCAACUAAUUCCUGGCACCUUGCGACCCCCCAGGACAGCAUGUCCCUGCCCUUUAUUGAUAACAAACAAUAUGGUUACCCCUCCCUAAUCAAGCAGCCCCACUCCUUGCCCAGUGCAGCACCCUUCCCUAAACUGCCCCCAUCCACAUUCAGCAGAGCCACAGUUGCCUCCCAGAGUCAGCAUUCCUGGAGUUUGGCUGCAGGGGCGAAAGUGCUGGCAUGUCCCUUGAACACCUGCCCCGUGCCCCCUGUGGGCUGGUCCAGCCAGCAGCUGUGGGAUGCCUUCUCACAGAGCUUCACCCCCGCAGUGCGGGAGGUGGUGGAGUUUGCCAAAGGGAUCCCCGGCUUCCAGAAUCUCAGCCAGCAUGACCAGGUGAUGCUUCUCAAAGCCGGAACCUUCCAGGUUCUGAUGGUACGGUUCUGCAUGCUCUUCGACCCCAAGGGCCGGAUGGUGACAUUUCUAAACGGACAGACGUACCCACUGCCCACCCUGCGGGCUCUGGGCAUGGGCCCCCUGCUGGACGCCGUAUUCGAGUUCAGUGAGAAACUGGCUACUCUAGGCCUGAAGGCUGAUGAGAUGGCGCUCUUCAUGGCCGUGGUGUUGGUCUCUGCAGACCGCUCCAGUAUGAUGAACACCAAGGCUGUAGAGCAGCUACAGGAGGAUCUGGUCCGGGCCCUGCGGUCCCUCAUCACCCAGCAGCAUCCCGAGAGCAGCACCCUGUUCCAGAAGCUUCUGCUGCUUCUGCCUGACCUGCGGACCCUGAAUGAUCUGCACUCAGACAAACUGCUGGCCUUCCGCAUUGACGCCUGAACAUCAUUUCCAUCCCCCACAGAGAGCAGCGGCAGCACCUCCGACCUGAAAAAGACACAGUUCAGUAUGUUCAGGAUAUGCAUCAGGAAAAUUCUGGAACUCACUGAACCCCAAUGGGGCCGCUGGCCGGUGUUCCACAAGCCUUCUGUUCCACUGUAUGUGUUUGCAAUGGCAUCACCUCCUCUGGAAAAGGGAGUUUUUUUUUUAAACCAGUAACAGAUUUUCCCCCUUUCCAGUUUCCUAUUACUCCCAGUUCAUCAAGUAACUGGGCAGACUGCUUAGCAUGCAUCUUUAGUCAGGAGAGCUCACACAUUAUGGAUGGAAGGGCCAUGGUGAAUCAUAGUGCAGAUGUGUAUGUUUUUUACAUAUUGGUGAACACAGAGAAUGAACAACACUCAUUUAUGCUGUGUCAUUCUACGUGCAUGGCUGUCUGAUUCAUGCACACAAAGCACCCACCCAUACACUUUCUAAAACCACCUGUCCUAUGCAGGACCACAGGGGGUCUGGAGUCAAUCCCAGAGACUCCAGGCAGAGAACAACCCAGGAUGAGGGGGGCACCCAUUAAGGGGCACACACACACACACACACACACCUAUGGGAAACUUCAAAUAGCAUCAGCAUGUUUUUGGACUGUGGGGGGGAAACCGGAGUACCCAGAGGAAACCCCACGACGACAUGGGGAGAACAUGCAGACUCCACACACAUGUGACCCAGGCGGAGAAUCGAACCCGGGUCCCAGAGGUAUGAGACAGCAGUGCUAACUACUGCACCACCCUGCACAAAUGUUUUACAAGAAAAAAGAGUAGAUUGGCAACCUAUGAUUACACUGAAAUCACAUGCAUUUUAUUAAACGACUGACCUGGCCUAAAGAUCUCAAAUCUCUUUCGCUCUCUAUUACAAACAUACAUACAGCUUGAGGGUCUCUCCCCUGAGGUCUCCCCCCACCAUUUCCAGUCUUCCAGUUGUUAAUCUCAUGCAUGUUGAGAUUUGUCUGUUUCUGCUUGAUCUUGCUGUUGUAUAUAAUGUGGUACUAAAUGUUCAGACUUAAUCAGUGAACCUGGAAGUGUCGGUCCAACUUGCCAACAGAACCACUAAUGGGAUGUCUGUGUGUGUCUGCGUGGGAGUGGCAGAACACAGGAUUUCCGGUUCUGUGACAUUCAGAAGGAACCAAAAACGUGGGAAUGAAUGUACUUCUUGGACUAGAGCCCAAAACCAGGAGGAUCCUUCAUUUGAACCCCACUGCUUGUCAAACAACAGAUAUUUGCUGGAACUUGAAGACACCAAACUUGUUGGAUUGCGUGACCCUCCUGUCAUCAGACUGUUCCUCCUUAAUGGCAUCCUCCUGUAUAUACUAUAAGAGACCGCCUUACAUAGAUAUAAUAUGAAGCUGAAAUGAUCUCUCUGCUUGUCUGUUUUUAUUCCUGGACUUUCCCAGAUUUCUUCAUGCACAUUGCCCACCCCUGCAUGUAUGUGGUACCUAAGCAUGAAUAUUGACAUUGACAGUUUUUAAAGACAGUAAAAUCCUGACGCUUUGCCAUGAGCACAAGGCUGCCCUGCACCCUCAUUAUAAGAUGGGGAAUCCCAUUACAACAUGACCCAAGCAGAGAUCACAAAGACACAAUGUUCAAAACGAUUCAGUUUUGGUUUCCCUACCAAAAUGAGGAUACAGCUAUAGUAUACAAUAUAAUCUACAAUUUUGGUUAACUUCUAAUUGAAUAAAAUCAACUGUAACAGAA